UUUCUCUCUCUCUCUCUCUCUCUCUCUCUCUGCCCCUCCCACUUGUGCUCUCUCUCUCUCAAAUAAAUAAAUAAAUAAACAUUAAAAAGUUAGAGGAGGUCAUAGGGUGGGGCCCUCAUCCAGUAAGGGCUGGUAUUCUAAGUAGAGGAAGAGACACCAGAGUCUUCUCUCUCUCUCUCUCUCUCUCUCUCUCUCUCUCUCUCUCUCCCUCUCAAAAGCUCAUGCGCAGAGAAAAGGCCAUGUGAGAACCCAGCAAGAAGGCAGCCGUCUGCUAGCCAGGAAGGCAGUUCUCACCAGAAAUUGCAUCUGCUGGCACCUUGAUCUUGGACUUCCAGCCGCUAGAACUGUGACAAAAUAGAUGUCUGUUGUUUAAACCACCAAGUCUGUGGUAUUUUGUUACGGCAGCCCAAACUGACUAAUCCUUCCCCUCAGAGAGAGGAGAGCCAAGAGUGCACUGCAGCUCUGUCUGACCCAGUAAGUAGACAUGUCUGCCUCAAGCACCUCUGACUGCCUAGCAUCCCCAAAGGUACAGAGUUCCUCCCCCUUCCUCACCCCACACAUGCCUUGACCUCCUUGCAGGAGGCAAGAAAAGCGCACAGAGUUAGCGUGUCCAGGGAAGAAAAGGAAUCGUUACCAGUGAGAGGCCCCCACCCUCUCCUCCUCCGCCCCCUUCCUAGGCUCCUCAACAAGGCAGUGAUGGAAACAAUCGCCCCAUGGCCAAAGCCAGUGAGCCCUCCUCUCUCACAGGCCCUUGACAGCCAGCCCCCCAGAGAGAACACUUCCUUAAGCCCUUGCACCUGCCACUCCCCAACUGAAUAAAUAUUUGCAUGUGCUAGACACUGUACUUCUUUUUAUUCAGGUGACAAAUUUUUGUUAAUGUCCACUUGGCUGAGUGGCAGGGAUGGACAUGUAGCUUCUGACUUUGAAGAGGCCGGAAACCCACACAUAGGAAAGAGGACAGUAUCUCCAUUCAGAAGACAGGUCUAAAUCCCAAUCCCUUAAGAAAGGGCUAAACCAGCCCUGACUAGCCCCGUGACUUUGGGUGGUCACCUCGCCUGCCUGGGCAUCCAUUCAUGCCACUAAAAAUAAGAAUUGGAUAUGGCAGCUAACGUUCUUGCAACCUCUGACAUUUCAGAAACUUACAUAGUGAAGCACAGAAAAUGAUCUAAAUGAAGUCUUGCCAGGUAAGACAGCUUGAGAGGCCAGAAAUGUGCUGGAUAAAGACCCAGAGUGGCUCUCCAGCACAGGAAGACCUGGGACCCAGCCAUGGCUACCAACUCUUUUGUGGGCAAGGACACAGCCACUGCAGGAAUCAGAGCAGGCUCAUCUCCCUUGGAAGCCCUGGCCACCACACCCCUUGGCAGGUCUGAGCUACAAAGCACCCGGGGCCCCAGGAGCUGAGACCCACCCUGGCCGCUCAUCCUGAGAUGGCAAAUGGCACAUGUUCACUCAAGGAUCCCAUGUCACCACCAUCCCAGGUUCCCCGGAGAGGGCUCUGCAUCUCCCUAGCCCCAUGAUGAUUCCUCUCAUCACAUCAGAGGCUCCAGUUCUGACCCCAAGCACACUGGCCCCUUCCCUCCACAUGCCACAGGCCAGGGAGCCACGGCCCACCCACCUCCCUUUGAAUGGCAGCACUAUUCCUUUACCCUGGCUCAUCUUCCAUGCCUCCUCUUCCUCGCUUGCCAAAUCUUCAAUUGCCCAGAGAAAUGUGUCUCCCUUCACCCUUUCUUCCCACUUCCACUGUGCUCCCCACUCGCCUCCCAGACCUGCUUCAGCCUCUUUCCAGGGCUGCAUUCUCCCCAAACCACAAACUCUCCCUGUCCAACUCCCCUCUAAAGUACAGCCUGAACCAUGCACUCUUGCCCUCAAAAGAUCUCCUCUUACAGCGAUAUUACACAGACCUCCACCGCCAGCAUCUGAGGCCGUAAUGGGUUACAUUUUCUGCCUUCUCUCCCACCUGCCCCAGGGAGGACUCUGCACUUGGAUCACCAGGAAGACCCCGUGCGCCCAGACACACCCUGCACACUCCCGCUUCCAGGACUUUGCUUCUGCAUUUCCCCCUGCAGCAAUAUCGGGGCUCCAGAGCCGCCUUCAUGAAGGCCCCAUGGGCUCACCCCGCCCCGACAUCCCCAACUUUUCCUCCUCCCCAGGCCCUCUCCCCACUCCUGACUCUCAACCUGCACUUCUCCAUGCUCCUUUAUUUUAUUCUCCUUAGAUUUGUGUGCUUGCCUUACACACUACCCACCCCUCCAUCCUGCACAAAUGACAAGCUCCCAGUGGUGAGGCCAGCACCUUCCUCAUCGCUGGAUCCCCACACCCUGCAGACAGAGGCACUUAAGACCUAUCUGUUCCCUCAAGUGACACUGAACAACCCGUUCUCUGAAGGGAGAAGACAGGGGCGGGCUGCCAAGGUGGGCCGUGGAGGGCCUUGGCGCUGGCUGCUGCAUCGGAAGCCGGCAUCACCCACUCUGGGGACAGGUCUCCUCUGUCCAGCGCAGCUUGAUUGUACGUUUAUGAGUCAUGGUCACGAGGCCCACAGCAGCUUAAUGAGGGACAUUCUUUAUACACACACUCACACACACGCACAGACAUACAGACACAUCCCAGACAGGCAAGCCAUUUCCCGCCUAGAGAACAGAUUUAAGUCCCCAGGAGACAGGCGGGGAGAGGGGGCAGAGAUGUUCAGGCCCAAAUCUUACCUUGGCUUGCCCUCUCUGGGGAUUUAUGACCUCCCUUCUCCAUUUUCUCCUGCCUGGAGCAGGGGUGAGGUGGGGAGUGCUCUAAGAAGCAGAGGAGAGAGGCAGGAAGACAGGGUGGGAAGUGAGGGGUGGGCUAUUUGUGUCUCAGGCCUUAUAAAUAUUUCCAACUCUGUUCACCUGCAGGCCAAGAGCCUGGGCCAUCUGAUACAGAUUCCAGGUACCAGAGGCCAGCCAAACCUGUCUUCUCAGUGCCAACCCCAUUCUUCUCCCCUGAGGGUGGCAGGUAGCUCAGGGUGGCUGUGGGGGUCAAUGGGCCAUACCCUCCUCAGACCCUGCAUUCGUUUCCUGGGGCUCUGCUCUAACAAAGCACCACAAACUGAGGGCUCAACAACAGAAAUUAUUGUCUCAUAGUCCUGAGCCCAGAAGUCCAAAAUCAAGGUGUCAGCCCGGGGUUCCUCUGGACUAUGAGGGAGAAUCUCUUCCAGGCCUCCCUCCUAGCUUCAGGUAACCGUGGGCAUUCCUGGGCUUGUAGAUGGCAUUUUCUGUGUCUUCAGGCCAUCUUCCUCCAAUGAAUGUCUAUCUCUUGGUCCAAAUCCCCCCCCCCCUUUUUUUUUUUAUAAGGAAACCAGUCAUAUUGGAUUAGGGUCCUCCCUAAUGGCUUCAUCUAACUUGACCUUAUUUUCAAAUAAGGUCAUAGGUACUGAGUUAGAACUUCAACAUCUUUUUGGAAAAUACAACUCAACAUAUAGCAGAACCCACAGGUGGGAGCUGUUGAAGGUAUUUUAUUGUCCCUACCAAAAUAAUAAUAACUAUAAAAGGACUGACCCUCAUGGGCUUACCAUGUGCCACAUACUAUCAUUAGCAUGGAUAACACCACUAUGAAGUUACUUUUAUUAUUUCUACUUUCUGAUGAGAAAGCUGAGGCUCUGAGAGGUUAAGGAACUUACCCAAGAUCUUACAGCUGAUGCAUGACAAAGCCAGAAUUACAACCUAGGCAGUCCUUAGCUACUGCACUACAAUAAUCAUAUCCUGCGAUGUGAGCAUGUCACUAUGACACCGACUCCUAAAUCCAGGGCCUGGGUGUGGUCCACACUGGCCAUUGGCCUGAACUAUGGAGAGAGUUCCCACUGGGCAACUGCCCCCUGCUCUCAGACUCAAGCUGCCACCCAAGAGUGGGCACAAGUCUACAGUGGGCGAUGUCUUGGUAGGGGGCGUUCUGAGUGGGCAAGUGGAGAGCAGCAGGCAGGGGGUGCACAGGACAGAUGGAGCCUGCCGUGUCCCUUUGUGGGCCCUCCUUACCUACUCUGGGAUGAGCACAAGAUCAUACCACAUCAAACCCAACUGCUAUGCUAUCGUGGAAGAUACUUAUUGAUUUGUCCAGAAGCUUUGUAUUUAAUGGGGGAAGACUGUGCAAGGGAGAUAAAGGUGAGAAAUUUCUCCUCGUCCAGCAUCCCUGGCUACAGCUGUGGAGCCUCCGGCAUUCCAUCCUCUUUCCAGAUUUUCCAGGAGAAGAUACCAAGCAAAAGUAAUGAAAGAAAAAAAAAAAAGACUGCAGGAGAAUGCAGGCUGGAACCUGUCCUACAGAGUUAUUCUAGCACUGUGCUAAGCCAUUUAUCGAGCCGUGUUUGGGGCUAAUUGCUGGUGAUAAGAGCAACAUAAAUAUACCGAGCCACAGCCUUGCCUGACAAGAUUUUAUAUACCAACCACCAACCAAGUUCUCUUCCCAUUACACGCCUGCAAUAAUUUUUAGUGGCCAUCACUCUUUACUGAAUCACCACAAUAAACCCUUUCGAUAUAAACAACUCGCCUUUCAAUAUAGCCAUAAAUCAGACUCAGUGUCAUCCCCAUGAUCCCUGUGCUGAUGGAGGGAGACUCAGGGCAGUAGUUCUGAGCCCUGGUGCAUGUCAGACGCACCAGGAGGAUUACAAGAUGCGGAUGCCCUGCACCGACGCCCCCCCCCCCCCGCCCACCCUCCCUUCCCCCAGAUAAGCCUGGAUACCAGAGUUAUGUAAAAAGUCCUAGAUGUGUCUUCACUUCCCACAUAUUAAGCUCUGUUGGGUUACUUGAGGUUAACCCACCCAGAGAGCUGAAGUCUUAGCCCUGGGAGUUUGAGGUGAAACAAGGAGCUGACACACGCACUGUAAUGCACGGCAACCAGCUAUAAGAAGUUUACAACAUGUUACGGGAACUGCUGUUUCAUGGGACUGCUCUCAAAGGAAUGAAGAAUAAUUUUUGGAAUUUGUGUAGUUAUCCAUGCCCAUAUUUAUUACCCUUACAGUUAUACUUGCUUCCUGGUGAGUCUCUGGGGUCUUCCCCACACGUUACAGCUGGAAAGGAAGAGUGAGGAAGGCUCGGGAAGCAGGAAAAGACACCAGAGGAAAGAUAAGAAGAAGACACGGGAUCAAGGAUGGGGUCAGGGGGGCAAAUGGGUGCAGGGGCCCCACCUGACAUCACCAGAGAGACCAGUGGGAAAUCCAAGAGAGGGAAGAGGGUACAGAUGAAAAGCAGUGUUUCCUAAGGCCACGACCGCAGGCACAUGGUCCCCUGCCAGUGGAGGACAAGCCCGUCCCGGUCCAGGGAGAGAGCACCAUGAGGGACUCCUCUUGGCCAAGUCAGAAAUCCCUGUGGGACCUGAGAAUGGGAACUGUCUGCCUUCUUCCCACGAUGCUGGGCAAGUAGGAAUCGGAAAGUCAAUAGCAGUCAGUAAGUAUUCAGGUAUUAAAACAGACCCCUGCCUUCAGAAAGCUGACUGUCAAGUAGAAAGAUAGGCGAACACGCCCAGACACAUUGCAAACCAGCAUAAGUGUUACAGAGAAAAAGAAGAGGAUGCUUCUGAUUUAGAUUCACAGGGUCCAGUGUUGCAAAGGCAGGGCCCCUGGAGGGGCACAAGCCUGCCCUGCUCACUGGGGUUCAGCUCUGGCACUGCUCCUUUGGCAGCCUCCUCAGCUGAAUGUCAAGGCCAAGGUACUGCCUGCUGGUGGUACCGACUGAGUACCACCUCAGUCUGGUGCAGACGGGUCCCUCCCGUGCAGCAGGGUGAAUGAAAUGUUUACAGGAAAAGGGACUUAGCCAGAGGAAGGCUGGGGACUUGGCUAAGCAAAUAAGUACCUUUCCCAUCCCUCAAAAGAAGAUGUAAAAAUAAAAUCUUGAAAAUCCUGGGGUGCCCGGGUGGCUCAGUCAGUUAAGCCACCUGGCU